AUGAACGAGGAGGACCCAACUACUUUUGCAUCGCCAGAAGAGGAAAUCGCGUACUGGCGCAACCAGACGCUUAACCUGCGCGAGGACCUGGCCAACAAAGAAUACGAACUGGAGGACUUCCAGGUGCAAUCCGCUGAGCUGGAAGGGGAAUUGGAGUCAGAAAUCGAGCGACUGGAAGCAAUUAACCGCGAACUACGCACAAAGAAUGAGCGGUACAAGUUUGACAUUGACGAGCUGAAGGACAAGUACCAGAAGGCGCAGCUGAAGGCGGGUGAGGACCUGGCAUCGAUCGAACGGGAGCUGCAGUUUGUGCGGUCGCAGCAGGAGUACUACAAGAGCCGUACGCGCGAGCUGGAGCAGGACAACGACGACCUGGAGCGCAACGAGCGGGCGGCCAAAUCGUCGCUGACAGACAUGGAGUUCCGGCUGAGCCGUGCGGUGGAGGAGAACUCGCACCUACUGUCCGAGGUGCAGACAAAGAAGAUCCUGGUCGACGAGGUCCAGCGGCUGAAGGACGAGCUGAAGGAUCUGAAUCUGGAGCUGAACGUGGUGCGGAGCCGCAACAGCCGCGUGGUGCCACAGAACUCGGGGCUGUCAAAGUCAUCGGCGAACAUCGACGCUGGCAACGGCGAGAACCCAGCGCGCAUGGUGCACGACAUUAUGUCGCGCGUCAAGGAUCUCGAAUCGCGCCUCGCUGGAGCUCGCACAAAGGUCACACCGCUGAUCGGCUCGUCGGGCAAGUAUGCCACGGUCCACGCCCGCCUGGCCCGCAACAGAACCAUUGCCAGCCCAAAGUCGCUUGCCGGCUCGCACCACGCCGACUCGCUGCAGCGGCCCACCAACCUGCGCUCGCUGGUGUCGGGCGAGGGCCGCGGCGUCGAUAUGCACCAGCCGUCAACUGUCGGCAGCACCCUGGUCGAGCAGCGGCUGGCCAAGUCGCGCCUAGCACGCAGCGAGAUGCAGCAGCGCAUGGCCCGGUCGGAACUGCAUACUGUACCCCAACGGCGGCAGGCUUGA